AUGAAACCAUUUGAAGUAAAUCCUCAAAGAAAUCAGAGCGCUUUCAUUUUUGAGGCAAUUUCACUUCAGGCUCAACACGACGAAAAUUAUCAUAAAAUCCUCAUCGACACGAAUCACAAAACAACACACGAUGGAAAACUCCGGACUGAGAAGACGAAAAGCAAACACGUCUUAACUACACGAAGAACUUGUUAUCAAUGCGAAUUGAGAGAGAAAAGAAAUUUUCUUUUCCACAAAAAAUGGUCUCGUGUUGCAGCUUUACUGAGAAGAAUGUUUUUUGAUGGUACAUGCGUAGUAACGUAA